AAAAAUAUAAAAAAUAAAAUCCAAUGACUAUACGCACCCCUAUAUUCACGUAUAUUAUUGUUAUAGGACAAGCACCGUUUUACGUUGAACAAUACCUGUAUAUCAUCAAUCUAUCAUAAUAUUCUUAUAUAAAGAUAUCCGCUUUGUUGUCUCUAUAAUAAUAAUAAUAAUAAUAAUAUAGCGUGUAUUAGAGCCAUUGCGUAUAAUAAAUAUUUAAUAAACACCGAAUGAUAUAUAAUAAUAUAAUAUAUGUCUGCGAUGACCAUAGAAUUCAUACCUUUAUAAUAUCCGCAUCACCGGCUGCGAAAGCUGAAGAUGAUACUGCAGCCGCAAGCGCGUCUUGCUCGUAUGUUUAAUAAUAUAAUAUAAUCAUCCUCGUCCAUAUAAUAUAUAUUUGUGUAAUAUAUCAAUAUAAUCGUUUUCAAAAUAUCGAACGUAUACAUAUAUGCCGUAGAUUCAUCAUUUAUAUAUUUUAUGUAUAAUAUAACAAUUAUAGUAUACUACGCGAUGGAGGAUCAUCUAUAAAUCCGCAAUCUCGCGUAUCGAACUCUCGGCCGUUCAAAAAAAUGUCAUCUUCGUCCCUACCCACAGAGUAUCCACAUCGUUUCGACUCGUAAUUUAUAUAUACUUACAAAUAAAUGCACCUUCUCAUGCAUGUAUUUAAUGAUACUGUUGCAAUACAAUUCAAAACAUUAUCUACACUCUACUUCGAGAAAGUUGAACUUGUACAUCUCCGGUAAAUUUUGAAAAUUCUCGGUUUAUCUAUGAGGUUGCAGUUUUAUUUAUUUUUAUAUUUAAUAUAUUUAUAUACAGUAGUGCAGUACGUAUUGGAGUUCGAUAGCUAAUGCUUAAUAGUAAUUACUAAUUAGUAUAUUUAAAAUUAAUAGUUAACGUGUUAGUGCCGGUUUUUUGAAACAGCCUUUCGGAAGCGUGAAUUUACUUUCCAGUUAUUUAAAAAUAAAACAAUUUUUAUAUUUAAAUAUGUCGAAACGCAAAUUAAAAAUCUUAACGAUCGCUGAAAAAGUCAACGUUAUUAAUAUGGUUGAACAGGGUGGGAAAAAAAAUUAUGAAGUAGCAAACGCAUUUGGCAUACCGAGUUCUACGUUAUCAACUAUUUUAAAAAAUAAAACGAAAAUUAUAUCAAAUUUUAAAUUACAACCAACUCGGAAGAAAAUUAAACUAGCUGAGUUUCCGAACCUGGAUUCUAGUUUAUUCAAGUGGUAUAUUCAGUGUAAGAAUAGUAAUCUACCUAUAAGUGGACCUAUAUUAAAAGAAAAGGCUAACAUAUUUGCAAAGUCACUAGGGUAUACGAAUUUCAAAAAUAGCACCGGUUGGCUAGAUAAAUGGAAAAAACGAAACAAUAUUACUUUACGAAAACCUUGCAGUUUAAAUAUGCCUGCCAGUAAAGAUCAACUUAGUAUUCAAUGGAAAAAUGACAUUUUAACUAUCAUAAACGAAUAUUCACCUAACGAAAUUUUCACUGCAGACGAAACAGGACUUUUUUAUAAAUGUCUACCUGCAGAUAGUACUCAACAGUUAUCUUAUAGCGGAGUCGAUUGCCGUGAUGGUAAGCGAAGUAAAGAACGUGUUACGGUACUUUUGUGUACAAAUAUGAGUGGUACCGAAAAAGUCAAACCAUUACUAAUCGGAAAGUGUAUUAAACCAAGAUGUUUCAAAGGAGUUAAAUCAUUGCCAGUAGACUACGAAUCAAACCCAAAAUCAUGGAUGACGGCUUUAUUGUGGAAUAAAUGGCUUAAACAAUUUGAUGAAAAGUUGUUCAUGGAAAAUCGUAAGAUUAUAUUAUUGAUUGAUAACUGCACUGCUCAUGUCACUGUCCCAAAUUUAAAAGCGAUUACUAUCAAGUUUUUACCAAUGGACAGGACUUCAAAAUUUCAACCACUUGAUCACGGUAUAAUCCAAAACUUCAAGGGUUUUUAUAGAAAAGAAGUGAUACGUAAGAUAACCUUACAUAAUGAACUUCAAAACACUAUUUCAAUUGAUUUGUUACAAGCUAUACGAAUAACCGACAAAUCAUGGAGACAAGUUACGUCAGAAAUGAUAUCAAAUAGUUUCAGAAAAGCGGGAUUCCAACAUCCGGGUAUACAUUUUGUUGAAAAAACAUCCUCCAAUCAAGAACCAUGUCAAGAAAAAAAUUAUCCUGAAUGGUCUUAUAUUAUACAAAAGUACAAUUUAAUGCCAGAAUUCACAUUUAACAAUUAUGUACAAAUUGACGAAAAUCUAACCGUCUGUAGUAGUUUGAAUGAUUCUGAAGAUGCGGGAUUAACAAACUAUGUAUGUAAUAAUGACAAAGACAAUAAUGUGACUUCAAAAAAAGUUUCGUUUAAAGAAGCAACAAAAGCAUUGGGCAUUUUACGUAAUUUUAUUGAAACAACAAAAGGAAUGAACGAUAUUCAUUUUGAAGCAUUAGGAACUUUAGAAGAUGCCAUGGAUAAAAUAAAACAUACAGAAACAUCAAGUAUUAUUUAAAAAAAAAUUGUCAAAAGUGA